AUGGCGAGUGCGGUACUCGAUGUCGACUAUUUGUCGGCGUAUUUGAGCGUACCGCAACAAACACUUAGCACAGUUGUCGAUAAUCCUACCGCAGAAUUAGUUCGAAGCGUGCUUGAAGCUGUCACCGCGAAGGCACGGGAGCAUGAUGAAUUGGCGGCAGACAAAUUGCGAGUCGAUAUUGAACUUGAGAAUGCCGUGAGAAGUUCAGAGACGCGCAUUGAAGGACUUCGAUCAAGUGUAGAAAAGGCGCAGAAAACUGUGGAAGAGCUGAGGACUAAGCUCAAUGAGGAGGAAAAUUCAAGGUCAUCUCUCGAGAGUGAACUUCAAACCUUGAAGUCCACUUCCUCGACAUCGACAUCCGAGUUGGAAACUUUAAGAUCUCGAAUUUCAUCGCUCGAAUCCUCCAAUCGCGACGCACUAGCCGUCAUUGAGUCAAAGACGACUGCCAAUGGGGCUCUUGCACAAGAUCUACAGAAGCAACAUCAAAAAGGAUUGGAACUCAGUCAACAAAUUACCGCUUUACAACAAUCCGUUCAAAACGCCAACUCUGCGGCAUCUAGCGCUAAAUUCCGAGAACAGUCCUUGAAGCAGGAGGUCGAGCUAGCGAAGCGCAACAAUGAAUGGUUUGAAAAUGAAUUGAAGACCAAGAGCGCCGAGGCCUUGAAGUUUCGCAAAGAGAAGGGUACACGAAUUGCGGAGUUGCAGCGUCUAAACGAAGAGUCCACUUCCAAUGUCGAGUCUCUGAGACGUACCGAACAAGCUCUACGAAUCAGGUUGGACGAAGUACAAAAGAAGGCUGAGGAUUCACUUCACAAGAUUCAACAACUUCAAGAGGCAGCUGCAAAGACCGAGGAAGGGUUCCGCCAGGAACUAGAAAGCGCACGCCGUCUCGCCGAACUGCAAGCCCAACAAACCGAGACGCAUCGACAGAGAUUAAAGGAUGUCGAGGGAGGAGUAGAAAAGAUCAAAGAUGAUGCCGCCGAGGAGAUUGGUAGAUGUCAACAAGAAGCCGAAGCAGAGCGUCAAGAACGAGAACAGGCAGAGCACCGCAUUGCAGAACUUGAAGCCGAGAUUGAUCGACUCGAAGCCCUUGGAUCCGCACAGCCUCGCCCUGGCUCAAUACCAUCAACUCCACAACGAGGUCUGAAUGGCUCUAUGUUUGGAAGAUCUGGUUCACCUGCUCAAUUUGGCACACCCGGUUCUUUGCGCAGUAAGUCUGCUAUCACGGCUACCCAAGCUAUUGAUGAGUUGUACAAAGUCAAGGGCCUAUUGGCUACGGAGAAGAGACGAAGUGAACGACUUGCGGCUGAAAUGGAGGAAAUGAUGCAAGGGCUCGAAGCAAAACAACCCGAGCUCGAAGAAAUGCAAGCCGAGCAUGAACGUCUCCAACAGGAGGUGGUGGAGAUGUCGAAGUUUGUCGAUCAAACUGGCAAGGAGCGUGAUCGAGCCAAGAAGGACGUCAGGAAGGCAGAAAGUGAGGCAUCUACCGCACAAGCAGAGGUGAACAUUCUUCGCCGACAACUCAGAGAUCUCAGCGCUCAAAUCAAGAUGCUUCUAUGCGAUCUAGAUGUAAAAGAAAGGGGACUAAAUGCUCUGAGUGGAACGGAACGAGCACAACUCGAACGUCUAGCGCGAGGAGAGGUUAGCGAAGAUUCAUUGGAAGGAAUGACUGACACGGAUCGAUUUAUCAGUCAAAGACUUACCGUUUUCCGCAGCAUUAGCGAAUUGCAAGAAAAGAACCAAGAGUUGCUCAAGAUUACGAGAGAACUGGGCCAGAAGAUGGAAAGCGAAGAAGCCCUCGCCGCCAAGAAUCAAGCCGUUCAAGACCACGAAGAAGUACAAGCCCUCCAGGUCAAGGUUGAGGAUUUGAAGGAUGAGUUAAGAUCCAUGAUCACUCGUUCAGAAAGUUAUAUCAAGGAGAGAGAUAUGUUCCGCCGUAUGCUUCAACACCGAGGACAACUACCAGCCAACUCCGAUCUUGCAUCCAUGUUUGGUCAAUCGGUCGACGGCAAUGGUGCCAUGUCAACAAUUGAAAAUCCAAACCAAAAAGACAACGCCAAUUAUGCGGCUUUACUACGCGAAUUACAAGGUCACUUUGAUCAAUACCGGGAAGAACAAACUGUUGACCGACGCACGUUAAGAGAGCAAACAGAACGACUAUCAUUAGAAAAGGGCGCGCUUCAAGCAGAAAUUUCAAAGACGAGCAGCCAAUUGACCCUGGCCAACGAACGCUACGAAAUGUUGCACUCCAACUACACAUUAUUGCAGAGUGAGAAUAGCGAGCUACAGAAACGCUCACAGAUUCUUUCUGAGGCUGCUGCCAAGCAGGAUUUGCGGACACAGCAAGUAGCCGAGGAUUUGAUUGAAGCUAAGGGAUUGGUGGAGAGUAUGCGAAAUGAGACUGCCAAUCUCAAGGCCGAGAAGAAGCUUUGGAGAGACAUCCAGGAUCGCCUCAGCCAGGACAACGAAAGUCUAACCAACGAACGCAGUAGACUCAACACCCUCAUUGCCAAUCAACAAACCCUGCAGAACGAACGCGAAUUAUCUGAAUCCGAGACGAGAAGAAGACUCCAAACCCAAGUAGAGUCUUUGGAAUCAGAAUUGAACUCCACAAAGCGGAAGCUUAAUGAUGAAGUUGAAGAGAGUAAGAAAGCUCAGUUGAGAAAGGAGUACGAUUCCCAGCAAAAUCAGAAGCGAAUCGACGAACUUGCAACGAAUUUGAGCCAGGCUAGGGAGGAGCUUGUUGCUGCACAGACAUCACGCGAUCAUCUCCAAGCCCGGGUAGAUGAGCUGCAUAUCGAGCUGAGGAGUGCAGAGGAACGAGUUGAGCUAUUGCACCCAAGACCCACACCACGACUAGGCGCUAAUAGUCAAAAUGCUGAUGGAGAAGAUGCAAAUGCCGAAGACGAGUCUCUAAGUCGUGAACAAGAACUGGGAAUCGAGCUUUCUGAAUUAAAGAGAGAUCUAGAAUUAGCGAAAUCGGAGCUCGAAAAUGCAAAGCAUCAAGCAGAGCAGUAUAAGUCCAUCAGCCAAUCGUCUGAGGAGGAGCUACAGAGUCUCAAUGCGACACUGGACGAAUGCCGCGAUGAGAUGGACAAGAUCAUCGAGGAGAAAGAUGCAAAGAUUCGCGAACUUCAGCAACGAACCGAAGAUAUCUCUGCCGAGCUUACCAAUUCAAACAAUGAGUUGACGACCCUUCGAAAUCAACAAGGGGAAGUAGCUAGGCAGGCCGAGGAAGAGAAAUCAGGGCUCGAGGCAGAGAUUUUACGUUUGAAGGAUGAGCAGGAGAAGCAUUCUACAACUGCAAAAUUCCAUCAAGAAGACCUUCGCGCGCAAGCAGCAAUUGCCACCAAAGCCCAACAAGACUACGAGAAUGAACUUGUCAAGCAUGCCGAUGCUGCUAAACAUCUCCAAAUCCUACGCGUCGAUUAUAAUGAACUCAAGUCCGAAUCGGCGACCUUGAAAGCGGAAGCUGAAUCUGCCAAGGUAACUUUGAAUCAAAGCGAAGCCUCUUGGGAGGAACGACGUGAACAAUUCGAACGGGAACUAAAUGAGCUGAAAGCUAGGCGAGACGAUGUCAAUGCACAGAACAAGCUUCUGCACCAGCAAUUAGAUAAUGUUUCGUCACAAAUAAUCGCUUUGCAACAGACACGCUCUACUGCCCCUGAUGCAUCAGAAGCUGGAUCGCCAGCUGCGGAGGGAACAGCAGACCGUACUGUAGAAGGUCUGCGAGAGUUGAACACUUAUUUGAGACGCGAAAAGGAGAUCGGGGAGGUUCAAUAUGACAUCAAGAUUCAAGAAGCCAAACGACUACAACAACAACUUGAAUACACCCAAGCUCAACUUGAUGAGGCCAGACUGAAGCUUGACCAGGAGCGACGCUCUCAUGCUGAUGGUGGUAAAACCUCCAUUGCACACAAAGAUCUCAUGGACAAACUCAAUGAGCUCAACCUUUUCCGUGAAAGCAGCAUCACUUUACGCAACGAGGCACGUCAAGCUCAAUCUCAACUUGCGGACAAGACCAAGCGUGUUGACGAGCUUCUGGCGCAAAUUCAACCCUUGGAAACAAAGGUUCGUGAAUUGGAACACGGCAAAGAAACAAUGGAGGGUGAGAUGCAUUUGCUUCAGGAAGACCGUGACCGUUGGCAGAAACGUAACCAAGAUAUACUCUCCAAGUACAAUCGAAUCGACCCUGCUGAGAUGGAAAAAAUGAAAGAGGCCAUUGAGACUUUGCGAAGCGAGAGAGACGCCUUACUAGAGGGUCAACAGCCCUUGCAAGAGAAGGUACAAACUUUGGAGAGUAGUAUGGAGAACGACAGAGCCCAAUGGCAAUCUACCCGACAAAAGCUAAUUGACCAAGCCAAGGAGAGGAACCGCACCCUAACUAAGGAUAGGAACGAUCGAGCCGCAGAAAGAGAUGUGGCCAUCUCCGAGAGGGAAUCGCUUCAAGAACAGCUCACUUCUCUCCAACAGCAACUCCAGACUGCUGUGGAAGAAAGGGAAGUAGCAGAAACUAAGCUUGCGGAAGUGGAGCAAGAAUUGGAAGAAAUUAAGACUCAGCGUGACCAAGCAUUGGCGAAUGCUGUUCAGUCUGUUGCAUCCCCUAAGACCCCCCCUGCACCUCCCGCAGCUGGAUCGGAGAGUAACGAAGCUUUCAAUGCACAGCUUGUCGAACUUCGUAAGGAACGUGAUCAGGCAGUUCUUGAGAAGCAAGCCCUCCAAGAACAGAUCACAGAACUCAAGCAGCAGCUUGAAACGGCCAAUUCCGAAAGGGAUGGUGCUAUUGCCGCUGCUGCCGAAGCACGAUUACAGCAAAAAGCUCAACCAUCUGAUUCCCCAAUGGACGAUGGUGCCGAGGAGGGACAGAUUGACGAGAGUCAAGCUGGUGGUAUUUCAGAGGAGGAGAGAAAAGCCUUGGAAGCACGUAUAGCUGUUGCUGAAACAAUGGCCAAGGAGCGUGGUGAGAAGGCAAAGGAAAUCGAAGAAUCUAUGGAAGCCACACUCAAACAACGCUCCGACAAGAUGAAGGCAGCUUUGAACAAGAAACUCGGCGAAUCCAAGGAAGCGGUCCGGGUUCAACUCGAGGCUGAUUUCAAGUUGAAAUUAGAGCAAGAGAAGCAAAUUUGGCUUGCAGAGAACAGAGCUGUUGAUUCUUCGGCCCCACCACCUACACCCUCUGCGCCCAAGGUAGAAUUGAAUAUUGUUCCAAUCACACCCGCGACCCCAAGUAAGAUUGCUGCACCAUCGGUGGAUGGUACAGAUCUUUCGGAUGACCAAGUUCGACAUCUUCUGUCAACAAACCCAACGAUCAAGAGUAUCCUUGCCAAUAAUCUGAAGAAGCUUCUUGAAAAAGAAACGCAGAAACUCAAAACGGAACAAGACAAAUUAGUGACCGAAAAACUCACCGAAGCGCAGAAAACAGCCGAGACUGCUUUGACCGAAGCUCAAGCAAAGGCCGACCACACUCAAGCUCAAGCUGUUUUGAUGGCAGAGAAAAAAUCCUCGUUGAAACUCAAUAUGCUUGAGAACAGAACCAGAAUAGCUGCUGCAAAGAUUGGAGUUGUUGAGAAGGCUGCAAAGGACACCCCAGAGAAGCCUGUUGGUGAGGUAUGGGAGAUUGCUAAGGAUGCCAAACCACCCCCUCCAGCACCAGCUGCUCCAGCGUCAACACCAACUCCUACUGUUGCAGUGGCUCAGGCUCCAUCGGCCAAUACUACAACCGCUGCAGUGCCACCUUCGAAUGUUCCCGGCACCCAAUCUAACAGCGCACCUGCAGACGAUAAGAAAACCGAGGAGACCGAAGUCCCAAAGAGCAGUAUACCUCUAGGACCACGUCCAAUUACCCCGUCAACAACAAAUGGGGCAUCUUCACUGCCUGUCAGUAAUAUACCUUCUGCUCCUCAAGCAGGAAAUCAGUCACGACUACCACAAAUGCGUGGCGGUAAUCAAAAUCGCGGAGGGGGAGGUGGUCGUGGAGGAACUUAUCAGCCACGUGGAGGCCCCACGGGUAGGGGAAGAGGCAAUGUUACAGGGCAACAGGGGGGAAUGAACGCAGGCGCUCAAAGUUUUAGUCCGAACGCACAGUCUGGACAAAAGAGACCUGUGCCAGAAGGUGGCCAGCAGGGUAAUGGAGGAAAACGUCCUAGGGGAGGAUUAGGAAGUAAUUAG